AGUCCACCCUCCAAACCCUCCUCCUUCCUUCCCCGGUGUAAACUCGCAGUCCAUCCAUCCACUCUCUCUCUCUCUCUCUCUCUCUAAUGGCGGCCCAAGCGCGAAAAGGAGGCAUCUCCCUCCCGGAAAGGCGAAACCCUAAGAAGGAUGACGAAGGCGUGAUCGCGAAGUUCUCGCAGUCCCAAGUCGUCGUUCGGGGCAAGCAGGCCGCAAACGACGCCGCAUUCGUCACUAAGAAGCUCAUGAAGAGCACCGGCAAGGCCGCUUGGAUCGCCGGCACCACGUUCCUCAUACUGGUUGUGCCAUUGAUCAUCGCCAUGGACCGCGAGCAGCAGCUGAACGAGCUCGAGCUCCAGCAGGCCAACAUCCUCGGCACCUCAGCCCCGCCUCCUAAGUGAGUUGGGCCAGGCCGGGUCGGGUCCGAUACACCGGUACCUUCCCCCUCUUUCAUAACCAUUCUGUAUCGCUUUGGUUUGAGAUUGGUGAACCUUUUUUGGGGAGGGCUUUCUGUGAUGGUUGCGUAAUUUCCUAGGGUUAGUGAGAUUCGAUUCGGAAUUGCAAUAAUUUCGAGAGUUUUAGUGGUUUUUUUUUUUGGGAGAAUGGAAGUUCAAUGAAUUACUGAAAUGCCUGACGGUGCAUUUGUGUGUCUUAUUUGGGCAUGAACAAGUUUAGAGCUGAAUUUGCUUCGAUAUUAGAAAUAUUUUUUGCUGGUUGGCUUAGUGUUUACUAUUCAUAAUAAUCCCUUGUUGUUGUAUGUGCCCUCUUUUGUUUAAUUCAUAGCUUUUAAAAGAA